AUGUAUCACUCUCUUAUUCAGCAAGCUGUGCGUACCGACCUUCGUUACUGGUUGACUUACGCGGUUCUUCGCGAAGAGCACACGAUGAUCUCUUAUCCUUACUACACCAAGUACACGGAGGCGGGAGACGCUACGUUCUUCCGCCAUGUCGAUCUCAACCUUGCCGUUGCCAAUGAGACUGGGCUAGGGUCCAAAAUGAUUCAAGGUUCAGUUUCCUUUGACGCAGAAGACGAUAAGAACUGCACUAAGGCCAAGACUAUAUGUCAACAAGGAGACAUACGCAUCACGCACCCAAUAACACCGCAUGGAUCUACAGGACCUGCUACCACGACCCGUCGAACAAUUCUCCCAUGGUUUGUUAUAGUACGACAGGGCGUCAUAGAGAACCCAGCUAUGGGAACGUAUAAUGAGAUUGCCAAGGCUCAUCGCAACCUCACUGCCCCUCCGACUUCGCCGUCAGGUCAUCGCAACAAAUAUGGUGGUGUCAAGUGGUCAUUCCCAGCAGACGUACACAUCGAUUUCAACUCUUGGAUUCAGAAGGCUCUCCUCGCGCAAGUCUCAUGGGACGACCCCCUUGUUCGCAUGGAACUCCAUGAGUUGCUCAACAAGGACAAGGAAGAAAUUAUGGAGUUUAUCGAAGAACAACGUGAACAUGUCAUUGACCAGAUUAAGGAAUUGUGGCCAGUAGUUGUUCGACUUGAAAAGGCUGCCUUUGCGGCGAACGAAGACAAGGGCAAUCCAGACUGUUCCUUCUUUACUAACGAGGGUCGCCAUCCCGAGCGAGAAGGCGACUGGUUCAGAUGGGACCAUGACUAUUCUUCUGGCGACGCUGUUGAUCGUCUCAUUGACGAAAUCGACAUGGAACCCGAUGUUCGAUAUUACUUCCGGGAGAACCAGGGCAUGCCUAUGAUGCCUAAUCCUUCUUCUCUGUUUAAGACUCCGCGCUCUCGAUUAGGUACUCUGUCAUCCCAGGACGGCUCCGUACGUUCUACCGAAUCUUCACCUCCUCCUGUCCCACCCAUUCCUCCCAAAUUCGCAGUACAAGCUCCGCCUCCUUCUGCCCCUGUUGCUGGUCCGUCUACAACUCUACGCCGUAGUGACCGUACUAAGAAGUAA